AUGGUUAUGACACUCACAAAAGACGACAUAGAGGAGCUUCGGUCCCGGCUCGAAGACUCCGUGAUCAAGUGCUCCGAGCGCUGUCUUUACCAGUCUGCAAAAUGGGCCGCAGAGAUGCUCGAUUCACUUGUUCCCUCUGACGAAGAUGAUACCGACACCAGAUCCUCCUCCAUGGAAACCGAUACCACUCCAACCACCAACCCUUUUCUCCCACAGUUAGAUCCAGCAGAGGCUGCUCUCGAAGCACGGGAGUCUCAUAAAUACCUUCUCGCCAAAUCAUAUUUCGACACCCGCGAGUACGACCGAUGCGCUGCUGUUUUCCUCCCACCUACGAUACCCCCGGUUCCGCUUUCCACAGUCUCUCCAAAUGUCAGAAGCCGCACGUCAUUGACCCCGCAAAAGGGAAAGGGUAAAGCUUCAGGGACGCCGAGUUCUAGAGGGGGCCAUGCUCCAGCGCAAAGUCCCUACCCGAAACUUAGCCAGAAAUCCUUGUUUCUAGCUUUGUACGCAAAAUAUCUGGCAGGAGAAAAGCGAAGGGACGAAGAGACAGAGAUGGUGCUUGGACCUGCAGACGGUGGCAUGACUGUCAACCGUGAAUUACCGGACCUGGCGCGGGGCUUAGAAGGAUGGUUUGCUGAGCGAAGAGAACUGGGUCUGGAAUCCUGUGGCCAAGGGUGGUUGGAAUAUCUGUAUGCCGUUAUUUUAUUGAAAGGCAAAAAUGAAGAGCAGGCAAAAACAUGGUUAAUCCGCAGCGUUCAUCUUUAUCCAUUCAAUUGGGGCGCUUGGCAAGAAUUGAACGACUUGCUGCCGAACGUUGAUGAUCUGAAACAAGUGGCAGGAAUGCUGCCUCAAAAUAUCAUGUCCUGGGUAUUCCAAGUACACUGUAACCAGGAACUAUACCAGGUCAACGAAGAUACCCACCAGACGCUCAAUGAACUCGAGAAUAUCUUCCCAAACAGUGCAUUCUUGAAGACUGAGCGAGCUCUUUUAUAUUAUCAUUCGAGAGAUUUUGAAGAAGCAUCUGCAAUAUUUGCCGACAUUCUUGUAGAGUCACCACACCGUUUGGAUGGUCUCGACCAUUACUCAAACAUCCUCUAUGUAAUGACCGCGAGACCACAGCUUGCAUUCAUCGCACAGUUAGCCACUGCAACCGACAAAUUUAGACCAGAGACUUGCUGCGUAGUCGGCAACUACUACUCGCUCAAGUCAGAACACGAAAAAGCCGUCAUGUACUUCCGCCGGGCUCUCACACUCGAUAGAAGCUUCCUGUCAGCUUGGACUCUCAUGGGACACGAAUACAUUGAAAUGAAAAAUACACAUGCCGCCAUUGAAUCAUACCGCCGCGCCGUCGAUGUGAACCGGAAAGAUUACCGAGCAUGGUAUGGUCUAGGUCAAGCAUACGAAGUCUUGGACAUGUCCUUUUACGCUUUGUUCUACUACCAACGUGCCGCCGCUUUACGACCCUAUGAUUCGAAAAUGUGGUUAGCAGUGGGCACGUGCUACGCUAAGAUGGACCGUCUUCAGCACAGUAUCAAAGCCAUGAAGCGUUCUCUUGUUGCAGGAGCAUACUACGAACAUGCGGCGGACAGUGCAGAUGCCAACCACCCCACAGGCCGCAAGAUUCUCGACCCAGACACUCUUCACCAAAUCGCCACUCUCUACGAACGGCUGGGAGACGACGAGGAAACUGCAGCGUACAUGGAACUGACGCUACAACAGGAAACGGGAGAAGUAGAGCGUCCUGACCCAGGUUCCGACGACGACGAUGAUAAAAACUCGGACAACGGCGCUGGAGCUGCUCGUCGACGCUCUGAUGACGGUGACGUUGAAGUCGUAGGCGGCACUGGUGUUACUGCCACGACAUCAAAGGCACGCCUAUGGCUUGCUCGAUGGGCCCUCAGACAUGGCGAUCUUACCCGUGCAGACCAGCUGGCUGGCGAGCUGUGUCAAGAUGGUAUCGAAGUUGAAGAAGCAAAGGCUUUGAUACGAGAUGUCAGAGCAAGGAAAGAAGGAGGCAGAUAG